CUCUACUCUGGUCAGUGGCGGAACUACCGGGGGAGCAGGGGGUGCGAGCGGGCCAGGGCCCGCACCCCCUCAGUGCCCCCCGGGAGCUCACGCUCCACUGACAAAUAUGGGCAAAUGCAGCCGAACGAAGGGGGGCGGGGCCCAGCUGCGCGUCACGCACCAGGGCCCGCCACCCUCAAGUGACGCUACUGUCUCUGGUGUCCUGCUGGACAAGUUCAGGCUCAGACUGGGCCGGUAGGACACUAGAAAAAAACCUGGUGGGCCCCUGGCUCUUGUGGGCCCCGCCGGCCAGAUUCACAGAUGGAUAAAAAAAACAGUGUCGGUAGCUUUAAUAGAACAACUAUCGCUCACAGCAAGGGAAUCUCACGUGCGAGCAUUGCCGCUCAGUACUCACAUCAUCAUCAUCAUCCUCCUUGGCAUCUCUGCCGUGUCCUACGCACACCCUAUUACUAAAGCCGAGGGCAAACAGCAGCAGUCACCUCACAGCGCCACCCACAGUAUGGGAGGACUUCACGCUUCCAAUAGCUCUGUGGUCCAGUUCGUGGUCUCUGCAUCCUAUUGGAGGAUUUGGGCGGUGACGCGAUGGUUUCGGCGCAUGCUCAGAAGCUUCCCGCUCCGGCAGUCUGGAGGCUGUUGUGUUUUGUAUUUUCCUGUGGGGAUUGUUUAUAUUGUCACGCCGAUAGGAUUGGGAUCUUAUAGAGCUCGGCACAACCACCUACUUUGUACUCCAGUCACGGGAGCAUGGCUGCAAGAAGGAAUAGUCCUGCAUGAACCGAGCCGCGCACCCAGCUAUCCCCAGACUACAACUCCCAGCAUCCUCGGAAGCACAAGUUCUGAACAGGUAGCUGCUGGAGAGUUGCUGAGCAAAAAAUCGACAUGAUUGAAAAAAACCACAAUAGAUAAAACGCCCAACUGAUGGCCAAUUGCAAACUCAGAUUAUCACUGUCUGGAUCAUAUUUGAAGUUAAUGCAGAGGGGGGCAGAGAUUUCCAAACUGCAAUUUACACCAUCUUCCCUUGUAUGGUCCCAAAUAUAUAAGAAAUGAGUGCACCCAAGCAUCGAAAGGUGGACAGUGAAAAUCGUUCAUUUAAAGAACGUUGGGAGUUAGAUUAUUUUUUUGUGAAAAGCAAUGGGAAACCUCUAUGCUUACUGUGUUCGCAGAUGUUGGCGGUCUGCAAGGAAUACAAUGUAAAGAGGCAUUAUAUUUCUCUGCACGAAAAAGCAUAUUCACAGUAUACUGGAGACAACAGAGUGGCUAUACUGAAUGAAUUAAGAAGUAAGCUGAACAAGCAGCAGACUGUAAUGAGCACAGGAACUGCAACUGAUACUGCUGCACUGAAGGCAUCUUAUAUAAUCUGUGAGGAAAUUGUAAAAAGAAAACAAGCAUUUGACAAUGUCGAGGUUAUUAAGGAAUGUGCCAUUAAAAUGGCCAGAGUUUUUGGAAAUGAAGAAAUGGCUGCAAAAUUUGAUUCAAUUUCACUACAGCCCCAGAUUGUUGCCCGACGCGUUUCUGACAUGCAUCAACAGAUCUCUCAAAAACUGCAUGCGAACGUAAAAAACUGUGCCUAUUUCUCUCUUGCAUUGGACGAGUGCACGGAUUCCAGCGGAACAGAUCUUUUUGUUUUUAUUCGUGCCAUUGACGACGGCUUUAAUGUUUCCGAAGAUAUUUUAAAAUGUGUUUCAUUAGCCAGAACUGCAAAGGAAGAAGACCUUCUAAAUGAGGUGAAAAGUGCCGUGUUGCAAUAUGGGGGAUUCGAUAAAUGUACAAGUGUUAUGACUAAUGGUUCCAAAUCAGUGACUUCAAAAAAUCUUGGUCUUUCUGCAUUGUUAAGGAAAGAAGGUGCAGACUGCGUGGUAUUGCAUUGCAUCAUGCACGAAGAGGCCUUAAUCGGGACUUUGCUAAAGAUGUCAGACGUUAUGGAGAUCAUUAUAAAAAUUUCUAAUUUUAUUGUAGAAAGAAAAGGUUCAGUAACAACUGUAACAAAAAAGAAAUUCAAGACAUUCCUGGAUGAGCUCGGUGCAGCUUAUGUUGACUUCCAUUCAUACAGAAGUAUCUGUUGGUCGAGUGCUGGACGAUGGCUAUAUCGAUUUUUCAGCCUGCGGAAGGACAUUUAUCUAUUUUUGAAGGAUACGGAUUAUGACCCGAUCUUGACUGAAAGUUUUUGCAAUGAGGACUUUCUUAGUUCUCUCGCCUUCUUGACGGACAUCACUCACUAUUUAGAUUCUCUAAAGAAAAACAUGGAAGCCAAGGACCAACUUAUCACGCAGCUGUACACGCACAUUUCCGUAUUUAGCAACAAACUCAUGCUGUUGAAACUCAACUUGAUAAGCAACGACUUAACGUACUUUGAGUCUUGCAACGAACUGUACAGGGAGUAUGAAGAAUGCGAUAUUUUUUUAGACUUUAGCAAAUUUGUGGAACAAAUAGAAGUCCUGAUUGAAAACUUCAAUCUAAGAUUCCAGGACUUCAGCAAAAUCAAUUCUAGCUUCAAACUGUAUAAUAAUCCGCUUACAACAGACAUAAUCAGUGAGAAGAUGGAGUAUCACAUGGAAUUAUGUGACCUACAAGCAGAUCUGUUCUUUGCCACGAGGGAAGAACUCGGGGUGCCCUUUUUUAGACUUCUUCCUAAGGAAAAAUACCGUAACCUUAGGGAUUUGGCACUCAGAAUGACUUCUAUGUUUGGCAGUACCUACAUAUGUGAGAAGGCGUUUUCGGAAUUAAGUCGCCUAAAGUCAAACUACAGAAACAGUAUUUCGCACCGCACACUACAGGAGAUUUUGCAUCUUUCUAUAACCAACAUCAACUUGAACUUUGAUGAACUUGUGUUAUAGGCAGCCAUGUCAACAAUGUUGGUUUCCUGUGCAAAACUACGUGCAAGAUUGUGUAGCUCUCCUAUCCUUUAAAACUAUUUGCACUGUAGGGGGGCAUAUAAGUAUUACAGAUAUUAGAUGGGCAAGUCCUGUGUGCAGAAAUCUUUUAUAAGCAAAUCAAGUUUAAUUUCUUUUUUUCACCAAAAGGAGUGACCACAAAAUAGCCAUUAAAUAGUUGUACAUGGAAAAUAUUAAUUUAUACCUUGCCUGCUGUCUUGAACACUAAGGGGGUAAUGUAAUAAAAAGCACUAUGUUUGCCCAAGGGCAGUAACGCAUAGCAACCAAUCAGCAUGCAGCUGGUCACCUGUUUAAAAGCAACUA